CUUCCUGAAAGAUUGACAGCUCGUGCCUCUUUUGCUCGCUGGUGAACGCGGCUCCCGUUGUGCGAAGGAAGCGAGAACAACUGACAUCGACAGUCAGUUUUAGUUUUUCACUUUUAAAGAAGUUUAAAACGAGAGUGACUCGGUGUUCAUUUUUUUCACGAGCCUGUGGGGUAUGAGAGUAGUGCGGCCGCGGCAAGCAAAGUAAGAAAAGAGGCAGACCCGUACGUUUCAUGGCUGCUGGGGAUGGAGCCCAGCUGCCGGCCACAGUAGCGGCCAGUCGGAGCGUGGAGAAAGCGCUGGAGGAGGCUGCCGCAAGUGGAGCUCUCAACCUAUCAAACCGAAAGCUGAAGGAGUUUCCUCGCAGCGCCAGGAACUACGACCUGUCCGACAUAACCCAUGCAGAUCUGUCUAAGAACCGCCUGUGUGAGCUUCCAGAGGAGCUGUGUCAGUUCAUCUCUUUGGAGACGCUGAGUCUGUACCACAAUGGAAUGCGUUUAUUGUCCCCCAGCCUGGCCAACCUCCAGGCCCUUACCUACCUCAACCUCAGUCGGAAUCUCCUGUCCAGUUUGCCCCCGUCCGUGUUCCAGCUCCCCCUAUUGCGAGUGCUCAUUGUCAGCAACAACAAGCUGUCUUCACUGCCCUCCUCCAUCUACGCGCUCACACACCUUCGACAGCUGGAUGUCAGCUGUAAUGAGCUGCAGAGUUUACCAGCAGAACUUGGUCAACUGGAGACUCUGAGGGACUUGAACUUGAGGAGGAACCAGCUCACCACUUUGCCUGAAGAAAUAUCUGAACUUCCACUCGUUCGACUCGAUGUGUCCUGCAACCGAAUUUCCCACGUUCCACUGUGUUUCCGUCACCUCCGACAUCUGCAGACCAUCUCACUGGAUAGCAAUCCUUUGCAAAUGCCACCGGCACAAAUCUGCUCCAAAGGCAAAUAUCACAUCUUCAAAUACCUGAACAUGGAGGCUUGUAAGAGCCAUGAGGAGGAGCUGGAGAAGCACCUCAACAUGAGGCCGACUGGAUUUAAAAGCAGUCUGUCAGACCAGGAGCUGUUCACGGGUCAGUUUGGCGGCCUGGACUCUGGUUUCAAUAGUGUGGACAGCGGCAGCAAACGAUGGUCUGGCAAUGAGUCAACAGAUGACUUCUCCGAGCGUUCUCUUCAGAUGGCAGAGGUCAACCAGAAGCAGAGACACCUUGAGGAGCAGUAUGAAGAAGAUGAGUCCCUGGAGGCCAACAAUGUGAAUGGAGCGGCUGAGCAGGUCAGCUUCAUCAGCAGUAGUGUGACGGAGGAGAUCCGGAUAGAUCCACCUACCUCUCCCCUUGUUACCUUUCCUUCGGAGCAGGAUUCAUCUUCUCCAUCCCAAAACCAGGACACAACAUGCAGGUCAAGUCCCUUGACGGAAGUGAACUGCUCCUCCUUGUCCCCUGUGCCCCCCUCCAGCCCCACCCUGGAGGAGAGGAGGAGGCCUGGAACCCUAUUCAUCUGGCAGGAGAGGGAGCGGCUCCAGCAGCAGAGGGAGAAGGCCAGUUUGCUGAAGUCAUCUGCUAAACCCGGAAGUCAUGUGGCCUCUGCACCACAGACAGGAAGCAGCUCAUGUGGUGUCUCACCAGAAAAUGGAAGCGCCCACUCUGGCCUGCGUCAGCGAUGUGCAAGUGCUGACCAGAUGAGCACUGGGUCUCCAUCAGUUCUUCUGCAUCGCUCCAGCAGCAGAACAGAUGUGCUGUCCUCUCCGAAGACCUCCUCUCCUCCUGGUCAGGCUCAGAAACCCAACAGUUUCCUGUUUCGCACGUCUUCUCGCAGCAACGUCAAACCCACAGGGACCACAUUUACUCUGGGAGAGUCUGGCAGGAGUGAAUCUCGCACCACUCUGCGUUCACCGAAGGAGGAGAGAAAAGACCUCACACAACUACGCAAGACCUUAGAGUCUCGACUGAAGACCAGUCUGCCAGAGGACCUGGGCGAGGCUCUGUCCAAUGGAACCGUCCUCUGCCAGCUGGUCAAUCAGAUCCGGCCUCGCUCCGUGUCAAUCAUCCACAUCCCCUCCCCUGCAGUGCCCAAACUGAGCUCAGCCAAAUCUCGACUGAACGUUGAAAACUUCAUCACUGCUUGUCGCAAGCUGGGAGUCCCUGAGUCUGAAGUGUGUGUGUGCUCUGAUGUGCUUCUGUGCAAGCUGCCCAGUGUUCUGCGCUGUGUGACAGCCUUGCUGACUGUGGAGGAGGAGCGCCCCACCCACCACUGGGCCCCUGCAUCUUCAACUUCCUCCUCCUCUUCCUCGCUGCUGUCGCCAGACUUCCUGUUGUUUUACUGCUGCGUCAUGGCGCUCCUCUACGCCGCCUACUGCUGUCUGCUCACCUAGCGCAGCACCUCGGAACCCUGUAGCUGUCUCUGGAGCCAUGUGAGCAGUGUGUGUGUCAAAUGCACACCAAGACUGUAGAGCAGAGGCCCUCAGCUGCUCUGGCUGCAGCCAUGAAGAACACUGACUGGCAUGGCAGGAUAGAUGGGGGGACAGAGCCAGAUGGAGCUGUGGUUCUGGAAAGCACGGCAUGCUGGGAAAAGCGGCGAGGUGUGUCUGACACAGAGCUUUUUGGCAGCACAAAGAGAAGCUGAAACUGAGAAAACCAAAUCUAACAGAGCUGCAGGAAACCCUGAACGUUGUUUAGUAGAUCUAUCUGAACUGAUCUGAUAUGAUCUGAGCAGUACAUGCCCUCUGUGUUCAGGGCGGUUCUUUAACCGCUUCAGCUCCAGUUGAAAGCUUGAUUAGAGGCAGCUCACUCUCUGAUGGGUUUAUUUUUCAGAUUAAAGGCUGUUUGUCCUUUCCUUCCGUGCAUCAUUGAUAAACAUCCUGCAAACCCAGCAUGUUCAAUAUUUAAUUUUUCUUCUAACAGAGACAGAACGAUGCAGGUCAGUUUGUUAGAGCCCUGGUGGAAAUGUGUAAAAGCAUCAGGAUAAAUGGAUCUUUCAUUGCAGUAGCAUAAACUGACAUUCUGGAGAAAUCUAACUUUAAUUUUGAGGACAUUUAUCCAUUUAUUAGUUGUCAUCAUAACAGCAACAGACCAAUCAUUAGUUUCGCUGGUGUAAACAUUUCCUCUCAGUCUUCUCCAGUAAUCUUUAACAGAGUACAGUUCUACAGACAGAGGGAUAAUUUCAGAUCUCUGAUCAUUUCUCUCUCUGCUUCAGUUCAGCAGGUUGACCUUGUGUCUGCUGAACCAUUUCUGUCUCCAUUCGGAUCAUUGUUCUGUGGAAAUGACUAUCUCUUUUUUUUCUUCGGUGCACAUUAUUAAAUUUUUUAAUUUCAAAUGUUAACUCAUGAUGUCAUGCACUCAGUUUCCAGGCUCUGGACUACAAACAGACCCAGAACAUCACAGGCCCUCCACCAUGUGAUUCAUUGUAUAGCAAAGUGUUUGUUCCUGAGAAGCUCGGUCUCAUCUGACCAAAGCUCAGUCCUGCUUAAAGUUUUUGCAGAGUUCAGCAAACUCUACAUGUUAGUCAGUGAUGGUAGUCCACUAACUAACUAGUGAUGCCCUAACUCAACCAUUACAACCUUUAGACAGCAAUCUAAUGGUUGCUAUAGAGCUUUUGACUUGUUUCUACCUCCAUCCUCAUUCUGAUCACUGUAUGUGGUGACCAGAUAAAUAUGGCUCCUCAAAAGACAUCUGUGUCACAUCAUAUGUAUUCCCCAGGGAAUCAGGAAGUCCUGAAUUACUAACUACAAGUUCCCACAAACUCUGGUCAACUUAAAAAGUUACAUAUGUUUUAAAAAAAAAAAAAGAAGUUUAAGUUGUGUUUAUAUCAGCAGUUACCAUAACAACUAUUUGUAAUUAAGACCUUUAUUUUUUAAGUGACUGAAUAAAUGCACUGAUUAAAGUGUU